ACGAUUUGAAAAUGUUGCAACAGUCAAAACCUCUUCUUCUUGAUCACGGAUAAAAAUAUUUGUCGCUUAAUAACUUCAUAGUUAUCCACUACUUUUUUUAGGACAUUUAAUUAGAAUAAUAUAAUUAUUCCAUUGUAAUCUUCAAUGGAAGUAUUAUAAUGAUCAAAAAGAAGAGGUAGAGAUGAGUGUCAUGAAAUGGAAGCCAUCAAAAGAUAAGGCAACAGAAGAGUUCACAAACAAUUGUAAACUAAUCUAUGGAUUAAGCACCAGGCUGAGAGCAAGACUUGGAAACAUACUAAAGAGUGAUCCAAGUAACUGGCAGGAUUUGGAAUCGAUAUCAAAGGAACUACCACACAUGAUGACACUAUACCGCAGUGUAUUGUCAGGCCCAGACACGUCUAGUCAUGUCCUCAACUUCCGUUGCGAGUUCUGGCAAGCAAAAACAUGGCAUCAACGGUUGGCAACAUUGUACCUCAUCAACCAAGUUGUCACCCUGGUUCUAGUGCACUGUGUUGAGGAUCCAACUCAUCAAAAUAGUGUGAUCACACUGGUAACAUUUUUCAAUGAUCUCCUGAACCUGAACCUGAACCUGACUUCUAAGCCAAGAGGAAUCACCGUCGUCAAAAAUACUUGCCCAUCUCUUUUGCAACCACUUAGACGUCUCUCCAUUACCAAAAUUCUACAGAUCCUGGCCCAGGGGCGAGCUGAGCAGUGUGGCCACUUGCUAGUGAAUGUGUUGUUGGAUCUUUAUCUUGACACCAACAGAGGAGUGAGCCCAGCAGACAGCGGAGACCCUGACACGGAGCCACUUCUCUCCGAUGAAGACCUUCCAUCCUCUGACAAUUCCAGCAUGGAAAUAUACAGGACUCUGACUCGCUACAUGACACCACCGCAAGGUGGCGAGUCUGAACUACUGUAUGGUGAGCCUGAUGACACAACGCCUUUGGUCUCCUCUGAUGUAGCAAUGUUGGACGGUCUGUUGUACUCUGAAGACAAGCGUCUCACCCCUCUACUCACCGCUAUAUCAGUGUCUGCAUCCUCUUUACUGGGCCCUCACGCCAUCAAACAGUCCAAACAAACUGGUGACAUGAAGGUACGUAGAAGAGUGAGACUCAAAGUACUGGAGUAUUACUCGCAGGUGCUGUGGGGAGAAGUAGGUGCCUUCUUAGACCAUGUCUUGUUGUGGUGGGGUUUUCGUCCACUGGGUACACAAACUUGCCAUCACUUCCGCUCGUGGCUUCACACAUUUAUGCAAACAGUUACAUUGCCAGACAUGAUGAGGCCAGCGUUGCAUAGUCUACAGGACUCACUGUGCUGCCAUGUCACUUCUACGUCUUGGGAUCAACUGUUUCGUAGAGCUCUGGUAGCAGCCAGUACUCAGCACAGCAGGCAUAUUGUGCAUAAUGUGGAACAGGGCACAUAUACAGGCAAGCUGUUCUCCGAGCUGUUCUCAGACCUGAUGCUGCUCAGUAACAGUUGCGAGGGUCCCAACUGGACUGUGCAAGACUUGGAGGAGUUACCAGUGGUGGAGCAGAUCCCUGUACUGCAUAGACUCGACCACUCCAUACACACGGUGCGACUGUGGGUACAGAGUCGUGCCAAGCAACUCUCCAACCCCUGGAACAUGGAUCAGUUCUUCCGUGUCACCCAAUCAGACAUCAAUACAUGUCUGCGAGACCUCUCUCAGCUCAAGUUUUCUAACCAAGUGGAUAUUCUCAAUGCAGAAUGUAGUGUUCAUGUAGUCGUCUGUGUCAAAAUGCGUGCCAAACUUGUCUCUGAAGUAAAAGCAAAUUUAGAAAAGCUUCAGAACAUGUCUACAGUUGUAUUAGAUAUUCUGGCAUCUGUCUGCCGCACAGUCAGUCUUGCCAACCUACACAUGAUGUUCCCUGAUCCUCACUACUGGCGGCAGCGGCUUGAUGAAAUGCCACAGUUUGCCAGCAAUUAUGUUGAAGACUACUUAGAGGAGGUGCUGAGGCCAGUGUUGUCUGCCACCACCCACCUUCCCCUCAGUGUCCAACAGAGAGUCAGUGGAAUGGUGCUCAACAUCAUGUGUGAGGCAUGGCUUGACCACAUCUACGCUCACCAAAUCAAAUUCAGUGAGUGGGGAGCACUGCAGCUGCUGACAGACUUUGGCGCAGUGCCGACGUGGCUGCUGGAGCGAGUGAGCCUCUCAGGAGAGCUGCGGAAACAUUUGCUCAACACAGAGGUGCUGCGGCGCUGUGAGGGUGUCGGGAGACUGUUGCUGCGGCGACCUGGAGAACGAAUCCCCAUGACAAUUGCUCCCUCCCGCAAGAAACACGACUCGGAUGACAGCCCUGCACGCACACCGGAGCUGAUGCCAGCUGAGAUGUACGUACCUAACCAAGAGCAGUGGCUGCAGCUACGAGCACCAAGAAAAGGUAGAGCAUUGACACUCUGCUGCACACACCUCCUUACUGCGUGAACAAUAAACUAUUUUUUAU